UCUGAAGAGCUGCAAAUGAUACAACUAGAAACCAACAUCACCACCAUACCAUCGCCGAUCCUCAUCUGGCACUCACCACCACCUCACCCAAGUACAUCUGAUCUUCAUCCAUCACCCACCAUCAGAAGAACCACCACCACCACCAACGCUGCAACCAGUAUCUCUGAUCUUCAUCCAUCACCCACCACCACCAUCACCACCUGACCCAGAAUCUCUGAUUAUCAUCCGUCACCCACCACCACCACCACCACCAUUGCCUCACCACUUAUCUCUGAUUUUCAUCCAUCACCCACCAUUGGCAUUGCCACCACCAUCUCCGUCACCCACCACCACCACCAGCACUCGAAGCACUCCGUCAUCUCCACCGCCACCAUCACCAUGGAGUGGAACUCAUCAUCGUCGCCGCCGUGGUCGUCAGAGGCGCCCGGCCCCGGCACGCUCAUCGUGAUCGCCGGCCUGCUGCGAGAGCCGGCCGGCACGCGGCCGCUCGUCUUCACCGUCGUCCUCCUCCUCUUCGCGGUGGCGCUCGUCGGCAACCUGCUGCUGUGCGCAGCCAUCUACCGCGACCCGCGCCUCCACAGGCCCAUGUUCAUCCUGCUCGCCAACCUGGCCAUCAGCGACGUCGUCGGCUGCUCCGCCACGCUGCCGCGCAUCAUGCGCGACCUGGCGGCGCCCAACCUCAUCACGGUGGGCGAGUGCGUCGCCCAGAUGCUCGCCAUCCACUUCUACCGCGCCCUCGAGUGCUUCGUGCUCUCGGCGAUGGCCCUCGACCGCUACGCGGCCGUCUGCAGGCCCCUGCGCUACCACGGCGUGGCCACCAACGGGCGGGCCCUCGCCGUGGCCGCGGCGGCCGCGGCCGCCGCGGCCGCGGCCGUCGCCCCGCUGUUGGCGCUCGCCCUUCGCCUGCAGCUGACCGACUGCCCGCGUCCCAAGCUGGUGCCGUCCGCCCACUGCGACAACAUCGCGCUGGUCAACAUGGCCUGCAGCGACGGCGGCGUCAACAACGCGUAUGGGGUGGCGCUCACCGCCCUCACCGUGGGCUCGUCGCUCGCCGCCGUCGCCUUCUCCUACGCCUGCAUCGUCCGCGAGUGCCUGGCGAGGCGCGGCCGCGGCGACCCGUCUUCGAGCGGCGCCGCCGCCUUCGGAAAGUCCGCUAGGAGCGCCUCCACAGUCGGUCCCAGCAGAAGCACCACCACCACCACCAACACCACCAACAAAAACACCGCCACCGAGAACACCUCCACAGUCGGUCCCAACACCACCACCACCACCACCCGUAGGAACACCUCCACAAUCUGUCCCAGCGCCACCAACACCACCACCACCACCGGAAACACCUCCGCAGUCGGUCCCAGCACCUCCAACACCACCAACACCACCAACACCACCGCCAGAAGCACAUCCGCGGUCGGUUCCAGCACUACCGCCGCUGCCGCCACCACCGCCACCACGGGUGGCUCCCCCGCCGUCGCGCCCAAGACCCCCGUCGCCGUCCCAGGCGGCACCGCCAGUGCCCCCGUCGCUGGCAAGGGCAGCAGUGGGCAGCACAGCAGGGCGGUGAGCACGUGCGUCACCCACCUGCUGGUGCUCGCCGUCUUCUACGCUCCGCUCCUCUUCGCGGUCGUCUACAACCGCGUGGACAAGCUCUUCCCAAUGCCCGACACGACCCGCUCGGCCCUCACGUGCCUCUUCUACACGGCGCCGCCCGCGCUCAACCCCGUCAUCUAUGGCCUGCGCACGGGCGCCAUCAGGCGCGCCGUGGUCGCGAUGGUGCCGCGCCACCGGACGGUGAAGGGUUCCCAGAGCUCCACCCUGAGCCUGGUCCCCAGAUCUGUGUAAUGAUCGCGAUGGUGGCGGUGGUGGUGGUGGU